CACCCAAACUUUACACUCGAGUUAUUUUCCCAUCCCCAGCCGCGCUACUGUGCUGAUAACUAUGCCAAAUUUCUUGUGGCAUUUUAACUCGUUUAUAGCUAUCCGUUGAUGCUAAAUUUCCCCGUUUCGACCGUGUCCUCGUUGGGAAAGCUGGGGUCAGCUGUGAAGAGGGCCCCUGUCUCCGUGGUUACAAGACAUGCAAAACGGCAGCCCAAACGGCAUUUCGCAACAAGAUGAACGCGUGACCUCCGAAUUAGAAACUUCACCUACCGAUUUGCCUACUUCCGAAAAUCUCGUUGAUUCUGCAAACUGCGACUCGGUACUGGCGGAGGUUAGAGAAGACAAGAUCGCAACCGAUAAUACGGCAGGGCCUCCAUCAAAGAAGCGAAAACUUGCAGGAACGACUACUACUUAUCGCUCUAGCCCGCGGCCAGCAUCGCCUCCCUGGAAGAAGGCUGGUGUUGAUGGACCGACCUCCUUCAUCCAAGAUGGCAGGCGCAAGUCUUCGAGAGUCAAUGCGCUACCCUUCAAGGUUCAGCCCCCCUCGGACAAAAGACAUACUCGAGUAACCCAGAACCAGACAAUAAGUAAGGAUGCUUCCCGUGGUGGAAAGCCGUCAGUGUCGACAACCCCAUCGCGCUCGGACACGAAUGGAAAGUCUGCUAGCGGCACAACAGCAAUCAACGGAUCGCCUAGAAGCCUGUCGAUGAGAGGAGCAGGCGGAAGCCGACAAUGUGUCUCACAGUCUCCGGCUCCCAAGGAAACCAAUGCACGGACGAGAUCUAGAAGCUCUGGUACCUCAACCUCUUUUCGAACCUCCAACGUCGGUCUUAACGGGUCUACUACUGUUGCGGCAAGUGGGGUGAGUGGCUGCGGGAAAGUAACAAAAGAGGUGGGAAAUGGUGAAGGAGAUGGUCAUGGUCAGCGUGUCCCUAGGUUGCGAAUCAAGGUUAAAAAGCCGUCUCUCGGUAUUCAGCAUCCUUCCCACGUCUUACCUCCUCGAAAGUACAAUUCGUUCAGAGAAUGGCUCGAGAGUGAGGAUGGGAGGGUACGAGAUGACGCAGUUAUAACACCAUCAGAUGCGCUCGAGGAGGCGAAAAAGAGGCGCCUAAUCACCGCAGCUAUCGAGCCUGGCGGUCUUCUUAGCUCAGACGUAUGCUCUGCUUAUCUACCGGAGCAACAAGACGAACCACCCCCUCAAUAUUCGCACCAGGACCACUUUAUGGCACACGCUUUGUAUUUCAAGAAGCUUCUUGAUCAAGAACAUAGGCGUCACCGUCACACGGCAAGGCUUUUCGCUCAAUGGUGCGCUGACGCGUGGAGGAAGCGCAACAAGGAUCCAGAGGACAUACUCAGGGAACAGCAGGAGGAGAUGCGUGGGAAACGCAAACAGUUAGCCAAGGAUCUCCAGAAGAUGUUCGACCUAGCUCGUGCAGAAGUAGACCGAGUGCGUCUGGCACGCUGGGAAGAAGAACGAAAAGCAGAGGAUCAACAAGCUUUGGACCGUGCAAUAAAACAGUCCACUAUGCUUUUUGAGAAAAGACGCAUGGAGAUCCUUGGAGAAACUGGGAGUGAUGCUCCCGAAUCUAGCGACGAAGGAGGUGAAACGGAUGAUAUAUCUCAUGAAGGCUCAGACGGCGAAAGUAAUAUGUCAUCUACAGAGUCGGAAAGUGAAGAUGAAGGUGAUAUAGAUGAUGAUGAGGGUUUAACAGCAGAGGAGCUCCGGUUAAAGUAUGCCAACCUUCCCGCGCCCCAUGAUGAUUCGGAUGACGAGUCUCGGGCUUCUAGCGACACGGUCCAGUCCAGAAACAGUGAGACCUCACCGGUCGGUCGUCUUGCAGAUAACUGUGGAGGCACUAGUUUAACUAUGGCAGAGCUGUCACCAAAGCAAAUCCAACUUGAGGAUGUUGACCCGAUGCUCAUGGAUGAUAGUGACGAGGUGUCUACAGAUAUGGAUGAUAUGAGCGAAAGUGAUGAUGGGGAUUCUAAUGAUUUCGACACUGAUGGUGAAAGUGAUGAUGGACCGGGGUUGCUAGGGUUUUUUUCUACCAACGAUUCACCAUUCAACGAGCUUGACGUUAACGAUGAUAAUUCUGAUGACCCUGUUGAAGCUAACAGCGGCCAUGCGAAGAUGGCAUCUGAUGAUGAAGAUGAGGGGCUGGAGGACUCGGAUGAAGUCUCCCUUGUACCUAAUGGACCAGCAAAGUCAGAUGUCACACCCCAGGAUGCCGCCGAGGAUCCCCCGGUUGUUGACAACACUCCUACUGAGAUAAAAGCUACAGAGGCUGAAAUGACGGAUCCAUCGAAUCUUGGCUGUUUAGAUUCGCUGGAUACCCCGGUUGAAACUACCCAUACUGGGUCUCCAGAGGACAUGGAUCAAGAACCGCAUGAGACUUAUCAGAGUGGAGAGCCUUCUAGUGAAGCAUCUCCGGGGACGCAUGCUACGAAACCCUCCGAGCCUGAGUCUGUGUCGUCUUACGAAGCUCUAGGAGAAAAACCUGCUCAAUCCACUGAAUCUCCUGUCCCUGGAUUGAAGACACCCAUUCCGCAUCUACUUCGAGGAACCCUACGAGAAUACCAGCAUUUUGGAUUGGACUGGCUUGCUGGCCUAUAUACAAAUCAUAUCAAUGGCAUACUAGCUGAUGAAAUGGGCCUUGGCAAGACUAUCCAGACUAUCGCAUUGCUAGCACACUUGGCUGUGGAACAUGAAGUAUGGGGGCCACACCUUGUUGUUGUGCCUACAAGCGUGAUUCUUAACUGGGAAAUGGAGUUCAAGAAAUGGUGUCCGGGUUUCAAAAUCAUGACUUAUUACGGUAACCAAGAGGAGCGACGGCAGAAACGUAGGGGCUGGAUGGAUGACACGAGCUGGAAUGUUCUUAUCACUUCAUACCAGCUAGUUCUGCAAGAUCAGCAGGUUCUAAAGAGACGGAAUUGGCAUUACAUGAUUUUGGAUGAAGCGCAUAAUAUCAAAAAUUUUCGCUCGCAGAGGUGGCAAGCGCUACUAACGUUCAGGACACGAGCUCGACUACUACUUACCGGUACACCACUUCAAAAUAACCUAACAGAACUUUGGUCGCUCUUAUUCUUCUUGAUGCCAUCUGAUGGCGAUGAGACAGGCAUUGAGGGAUUCGCGGAUCUUAGAAAUUUUUCCGAGUGGUUUCGACGUCCGGUAGAGCAAAUCCUCGAACACGGCCGAGAGACGAUGGAUGAUGAAGCAAAACAGGUCGUCACCAAACUACAUACUGUUCUGAGGCCUUAUAUAUUACGUCGUCUUAAAGCCGACGUCGAGAAGCAGAUGCCCGCGAAAUACGAGCAUGUCGUUUAUUGUAGGCUCUCAAAGCGCCAACGAUUCCUCUAUGAUGGGUUCAUGUCCAGGGCACAAACCAAAGAAACUCUGGCUUCUGGGAACUAUUUGUCUAUUAUCAAUUGUCUCAUGCAGCUACGGAAAGUCUGUAACCAUCCAGAUCUAUUUGAGACUCGACCGAUUUCCACAUCGUUUGCGAUGCCACGUUCUGUGGCUACCGAAUUCGAGACCCGAGAACUUCUCAUUCGCCGACGGCUUCUCUUUGAGCACCCUCUCGACAGGCUUGAUCUGGACUUCCUUAACCUAGUCCCUAUCUCAAGGGAAGAUACAUCCCGAAGACUGGCUGAUGACAGCACGAGACUCAUGGCUUUCGGUCCUUUUAACGUGCUUCGCGAGCGGCAGUACCACCGAACUAAUUGGGAGAUGAACUUCAACGGCUCCACUAUACAGUCAACAUUGGAAGCACUAGAAAAUGACUGUAGAAAGCAGAGAAUGGCGGAGUUGGAACGGUGUCUGUAUUUCGAGUCGAAGCGGCACGGUCGCCGUCCUGUGUAUGGAAGUAGCCUCAUUGAGUUUCUCACAGCUGACAGCAAACAACGGCCGACGUCAAAUGGUCCGCUGCGGAAGCGGUCAUUGGCAGACUGGCUGUCCAGUCGGUCGUCCGUUCUUGCCUCGAUGCUUUUGUCCAUCGAAGAAAGGGCACAGACCAUGGAUGGGUAUAUUCAGCGGUUUGCCUGUGUUACCCCAGCUGCGGUCGCCGCUGGAAUCACUAAGGCAGCUCUGACUCCGAUCGAGACCCGGCAUUUAACCAAGAGGGAGAGAUUCCCGCCCUACGACCCAUUUCACGAAGCCCAAAUGCGGCUUUCCAUCGCAUUUCCAGAUAAGCGCCUCUUGCAGUAUGAUUGCGGUAAACUGCAAAGGCUCGAUAAAUUGCUUCGGGACCUUAAGGCCGGAGGUCAUCGGGCGCUGAUUUUCACACAGAUGACUAAGAUGCUUGACAUCUUAGAGCAGUUCCUAAAUAUUCAUGGCCAUCGAUACCUCCGACUAGACGGCACCACCAAAGUUGAGCAGCGUCAGAUUCUUACAGAUCGGUUCAACAAUGAUAACCGCAUCCUCGCAUUCAUUCUAUCCAGUCGAUCCGGUGGGUUGGGUAUCAAUCUGACGGGUGCCGACACUGUGAUUUUCUACGACCUCGAUUGGAACCCCGCAAUGGACAAACAGUGCCAGGAUCGUUGUCAUCGCAUUGGGCAAACGCGCGAUGUUCACAUCUACCGGUUCGUCUCGGAAUACACCAUUGAAUCCAACAUCCUUCGUAAGGCCAAUCAGAAAAGGAUGUUGGACGACGUCAUCAUCCAAGAAGGCGAGUUUACCACGGAUUACUUUACCAAGCUGGAUGUUCGCGAGGUGAUUAGUGAUGACGAAAUAUUGGAGGGCCAGGAUGAGGCUAGUGCCGCAAUGGAUCGUGUCCUCGAGAACAGAGUAUCGGGCAGUUCUCGCGUCUUCGAACAGGCUGAGGACAAAGAAGAUAUUGAUGCGGCAAAGAAUGCCCAAAAGGAGCUGGAGCAUGCAGAUGAUGGUGAUUUUGAGGAUCGGAGUGUCUCUCAUAGUACCCCCGCUCAAACGCCAGCUCAGACCCAGGUUGGGACCCCGCUAGCCGACGAAGUUGGAACACCUGGGACUAGUGCGGACGAACUGGUAGAUGUUGAGCCACAACCUUGCCACAUCGAUGAUUACCUCCUACGAUUUAUGGAAUGGAACUUGAAGGAUGAACCGCUCGUUCUGCCCCCGGACAAGAGUAAGAAGAAGUCCAAGAAGGGCAAGGAACAUCGUCUUCGCAAGAGACGCCGUUAGGACGACUAAAAGAUUUAAUCUAUCACAUCAGUGAUUUGGUUCAGGAGAAUUAGGACUCAAGAUGUCUAAUGUAAUUGUAUUUUUGCGAUUGAAUAUUAAACUUGUGUCGCGGUUCAGUUCUUACUUCUCCCUGUCAAGGGAAAGGGAGAGGGAGAGAAAGGUGGGUGUGCAUAAAAGAAUACUGGCUGGAGUUUGGAGGCGUCCGUCAUGGAAGGAAAAAGACUU